AUGUCCUACACGACCUCCAGGAUGUGGCGUUCGGACCAAUCCAAGGAAUACGAAGCAUUCGCACGAGCUCGCUGCAACUAUACCCACAUCGCGCCGCUCUCACCAGUCGUUCCCCGCACCUGGCCCGAGUGGAUCAAACACCGUCUGUUGAUCCAAGAAGAAGCGCAAUCUCAAGAGCUGCGACGUUUGGCAAUUAAGACGCUGGUGAGCAGGAUUCAGGAAACCAUCGAGGAAUAUCAGCCUCCGUUUGCGGAUAAGACGUUCGAAGACCAUCUCUCAUCGGUGCUGGCCCGGGAGUCCAUUUGGCUUCCUUCAUACACUGCUCCUCCGGAUAGGGAACAGGCUCCGUGGCCGACUCACGACGAGAUGAAGCACGAAGGAAACCAGAGGGGCAAGUCGGGGUAUUGCCGUUUCCUUCCCUUGCCUCGUACUCCGGGAGAAAUCACAUCAAAUUGGAAACAGUGCUCUCCUAUUGUGCCUUUCCAGUUUGACGAAGUUGGUCAUCUCAAUGCGGAGGAGGAAGAGGGCAGUUCUGAGCAUGAGACCGAUGAGAACAUGCUUCUUCUCGUUGGCAACUUUUUGCUUAAGGAACUGGAAUGUUAA